AAAUGUUGAAGGCGAGCUUCGAUCCAACUGAAGUUCCCGGAUGUACAAGGUCACGUGGUUUAGCUGCAUGCCGAAGCGUGGGUAGACAUCUUUAACACCGGUCGUCAAACAAGGAAGACCCAAGAUGCCGUUCCCUAAUCAGACAACUACAAAGCUGUACAUUGGAAAUUUACCAGAGACUUGCAAAAGAAUAGAACUACAAAAAUUAUUUGAACCAUACGGUCAAGUUGUGGAGUGUGACAUUGUUAGAAACUAUGGAUUUGUUCACUUUGCAAGUGCAGAUGAGGCAAAGACAGCUGCAGAAAAUUUGGAUGGCACAUCCUUUGAAGGUUCAACAUUAAAAGUCGAGGUGUCUCACAGUAAAGUACGACAAAAGCCUGGUAUGGGUGGCAAGGGUGAAUGCUACAGAUGUGGAAAAGAAGGCCACUGGUCCAAAGACUGUCCAAAAGGACCAACACGUCCAAAGGGUCCCAGAGCACCACAUGACCACUAUAGAGACCCCUAUGCCAGGGAUGCCUACGAUCCAUACUACAGAGACCGAUACCCUCCUCCACACCCGCACGACAGGUACAGGCCCUAUGCAGAUCCUUACGACAGACGGCCUCCACCACCAAGGGACCCAUACUACAGAGACUCUAGAGACCCCUACGCAAGACCCCCACCAGAGUAUUAUGGCAGGCGGUCACCACCUCCAUCCAGUCGUGAUCCCUACUAUGACUACUAUGACAGACGAAGCUACCCAUUGCCUCCACCUCCCGGAACGAGUCGUGGUAUGUCGCCGCCAUCACGAAGCCGCGUACCGGCACCUUAUUGAACAUCAGAAUCACAGAAAGCCGCGGAUGAACGGAGAAGCUUACUGAUCGUUAUUCGCUGAGCGGCUUGCACAUCAUGUAGUGAAAAGAACUAUCGAGCAAACUGGAAAGACGGACAACAACAUUUUAAUAAAGAACGCUUCUCAAUUUUCCAAGUCAUCUGUGACAGUGAACAUGUCAUUUGUAUUGUAUCGUACAUGGAAUCUCGUUCAAGUACUUUGAGUACAGGGAUUCUAUUUUAUGUGUAAUAUAAUUUUUUUAUCGUGUGUGAUCAUCGCUAUCGUUCAUUUUUUGUUGCCAUCUCCUUGAUAAUGAAAAAAACAAAAACGUGUCAUUCUUCAUACUCAUUGAUAUGUCAUUAUGGAAUAAAAUCCCUCAGAUUAACUUAC